AAGGAUUAGCUCGGAAGAGCUGGCUCACUUUAUACACGUCACGGUGCGCGUCAUCUCUGCUCUGCUGGACGUGUAACUGAACUCAGUCUGGUGCGAAAUCCAUUUCAUUGAUUGUUGUUAAAGAUGGCUGUGAACACAAGCACAUCAUUGGUGUUGUCUAGUCUGCUGUCAGUCCUGGUCUUUGCAGGGAUGCAGAUGUUUAGUCGGCAGCUGGGCUCAUCAGAAUUGUUAACCAUCCUAGGCGGCUUCCUGGGCUCUGUGCUGUUUGUUUGCUCUCUUACUGCUUUCAAUAACCUGGAGAACCUUGUCUUUGGCAAGGGCUUCCAAGCCAAAAUCUUCCCGGAGAUUACCGUGUGCCUGUGCCUCUCUCUGUUUGCCUCUGGUUUGGUGCAUCGUGUGUGUGUGACUACAUGCCUGAUCUUUUCUAUCUUCGCGCUGUACUACAUCAACAAAGUAUCAGCAGCUCUUUACCAAACGGCGCCUGCUACAACUCCGGCCAAAAUUACCAGCAAGGGCAAAAAAAAGAACUGAAGCACUUAUGACAUGUUAUUCCCGCAGUCACCCUAGAAAAUAUGAUGGUUAUGCCAUCAGCAGCAGCAUUUUUUCAUUCCACUCAUAUGUGUCUCACAAAGUGUCUUUUGUCCCACCAGUCCUGUAUGACUUUGGUUCUGCAUAUGGAAUAUUUUUGUUAAAGUUUGUUAUUAAAAACUGAAAAAAUUAA